UGCAUGGUGCAAGAGGACUUCAAGGAAGGAAGCCAGGCAGGCACAAGUUUUCUGUGAUAUUUGGGAUAGGCACUAAAAAGUUCCGUACUCAUGUUGUCAAAGAGUCAAACGGAAAUCCAGACUGGAAUGAGGAAUCUUUAAUACCUGUCGCUAAUGCCAGCGACCAUGUGUUCUUCACGGUCACUGAGAAAGAUGACGUGCUGGGUCAGCUAAUCAUCCCUGUUGCUUCGCUGCUAACGGUCAAGGGAGUGGUGAAGAAGCAUGCCCUGAAAGCCCACAAGAAAUGCCCCAACCCACAAGGAGAACUCAUCUUUCAGUGCUAUGUAUCAAAACAGAAACCGAGCAUGAUAAUCCCAGGGAUGGAGACUAACAGAACUGGUCAGCUGACAGGUUUUCAGCGGCUGAGGCACAGUUUUGCUCCAACAAGUAACACUUUACUAAAGAAAGAGGAGAAGGAGGAUAAGAAAAGAUCCAACUCUUUAGCUACCUUGAACAAAAAACUGUCCAAAUCUCUCCAUGAUAUUUUUCACAUAGGCAUCUUUGGGGAUAAAAAUGACCAGGAUGAGAACGAGCAACUGCCAAACAAAGGCAAAAGAUUUAGCCUUCGUUUUCCUAGCCUGAGUUCUGGCUUGGACAACACAGGUAAGGAAGUUCCUGUGGUGACCCACAUUGUCCCCAACAUGGCGUCCAUCCAUGGGGGAACCCGCCUGGCCCUGGAAGGCCGGAAUCUUGGCCUUGGCAAGUCAGACAUUAUGGAACUGAUGCUAUGUGGGUCUGACUUGCUUGACAACAUAGAGUUUGAAUCUGAGAGUAGAAUUUAUGUUACUACUAAACCGACGACAGCUGGCAAAGGGGAUCUGUGGAUUGAGACGAUUUCAGGAGGUCAGAACGUCAUCAAAAAUAUUUUCACCUUUGUUGACCGGGCAGCAUCGUUCAGUUCCUUGGUGGACAAGGAUACGUCAGAGGCAGGACCAUAUUCAAGUCGCAGAAAUUCUAUUCUAAUUGACACCUUCACCAAGAAUUCUCCCAUUCCAGAAGAUGAUUCAGCUAUCACUGAGGAUAAAGUGAACGAACUCUUGAAAGCACAACGAACAUCAUCAUUUAAUACGGAGGAAAAACAACGAAGGAGGGUUUCUAUAUCAGGGUCAGCCACACUGCCUAGCGUGUUCAGUUUUGGUGAGCCUGGAUCAGGAGAUUCUAGUGCAUCAGGCAGUCCGACAGGGAAGUACCGCAAGAACCUCAAGCACACACGCAGGGCUAGUGAAUCUGUAGUCAUUGUUAAUAAAGAAGUUGAGGAAAGAAAGAAAUCAGAAAAGGCAGAGCUCCAGGCAGAAAUAUUGCGCCUGCAUAAAGAGAAUCAAACCCUGAAACAAGAGAACGUUGACAUGAAAACAUACAUUGAUGGUCUAGUCGCUAGAGUGAUGAUACACUGUCCAGAAGCUCUGGCGGCAGGAGAUGAUCUGAAACCUUUGAAAAGUGGUACACAGCCGACCCUGUGA